AUGUUCGAAAAGAAGAGAGUUUGGACAGAGAAUGCAUGGUGUAAAGAUAAGGAUGAUGAUCCUUUCGAAGAUGAUGAUGAUGAUGAUGGUGAUGAUGAUGAUGAUGAUGAUGAUGAUGAUGAUGAUGAUGAUGAUGAUGAUGAUGAUGAUGAUGAUGAUGAUGAUGAUGAUGAUGAUGAUGAUGAUGAUGAUGAUGAUGAUGAUGAUGAUGAUGAUGAUGAUGAUGAUGAUGAUGAUGAUGAUGAUGAUGAUGAUGAUGAUGAUGAUGAUGAUGAUGAUGAUGAUGAUGAUGAUGAUGAUGAUGAUGAUGAUGAUGAUGAUGAUGAUGAUGAUGAUGAUGAUGAUGAUGAUGAUGAUGAUGAUGAUGAUGAUGAUGAUGAUGAUGAUGAUGAUGAUGAUGAUGAUGAUGAUGAUGAUGAUGAUGAUGAUGAUGAUGAUGAUGAUGAUGAUGAUGAUGAUGAUGAUGAUGAUGAUGAUGAUGAUGAUGAUGAUGAUGAUGAUGAUGAUGAUGAUGAUGAUGAUGAUGAUGAUGAUGAUGAUGAUGAUGAUGAUGAUGAUGAUGAUGAUGUGAUGAUGAUGAUGAUGAUGAUGAUGAUGAUGAUGAUGAUGAUGAUGAUGAUGAUGAUGAUGAGAUGA